AUGGAAGAGUAUUCAUCGAGACCAGAAAACCAGGGAGGAUAUCGAACGAGACUAAUUCUGCUUUGGGACGAGAAUCGAAAGAGAAAACGAUCCUUGAAUGACCAGAAAAGAGGGAAGAGUCUGGAAACAAGGAGAAAUUUGGGAACAGCUGCUAAAUGGAGCGAACGUCACAGAUUGAAACGGCGAGAGUGGGCAAGAGACUAUGAGCGUGUCGCAAGUGGCAUGAAUGAGGCUCAGCUAGAUACCAAGAAAUCUGAAUCAUGCCCGCAAACGGAUCACAAAUUUGAAAGUUCCCUCGGGACGGUCGGACCCAACACUGAUACCUUCGCUGCUGAUUUCGAGGUCCCACUUGCCGCCCAGAACUCACCCCUGUCAACACACUAUAAUGAGAAUUCAACAUGGGGAAUGACCAGUGGACAUUCUUACUACAACCAGCCUAUCAGUCCAGGAAUGGAGGCUGGAUUGGGUGGAAUGUUGGUAGCUGGCCUUCCGCAAUCUGAUUUAUUUGGAGAUGUUACGCCCAGCGAUUGGAGCCUUCUGAAUCCUGCAGUAUCUAACACAGAAAUACCAACAGAAUCCUCCAUCAACUUCCCGAAUCUGAACAAUGGUUACGAUACAUAUGCAAAUGCCUCUGAAAUUGUUGAUAUGCCUGAGCAGUCCUUUGGCGGAUGGCAGGCUAACGAUGUCAUUAAUUUCAGCUUGUUGGACACCCAACUGGAGUCAGAGGCUCCAUCAGCCCCGACAGAAGAGCAACAAGGCUACACGGGUUACUGA